AUACAAUGUGUUUAUGAAUGAAUGAAUGAAUGAAUGAAUGAAAAUCUUAAAGCUUUCACAUGUAAAUAAAACAAGGGAGCUAACUCCGAAUAUUUAAGUGAAACUACCAAAAUGGCAGAACACGCUGCGCAUUUAACUAACACCACGUCAAAUAAAAGACCGUCAAUAUUCGAAAUCCUUGCACAGGAUAGUCUAAACAGAGUAAUACAACCAGCAGUGAAACGUGCCGUGCGGGUUUUUGCAGAGCAAUUUCCAGACAAGUAUGGAUGGCUUAUAACAUAUUUUAAUGAGAUAUAUGCUUGCCUGGAUCUCUUCAUUCAGAAUUAUUAUUUAUACAGAUAUGGUGGAUCAUUUACAGAACAGUUUUAUGGAAUAAAACGUAUAACAAAUAGUGAAAAGACUCUUAAGCAUCUCCCGAAGAAUGUUCAUUUAAAGUCUCUAUUAUUUUUGGUAAUUGUUCCAUACGUCAGAGAAAAAUGGAAACUCAGUUAUGAAUAUUUCAAAGAAAGUCAGCACCAGCAUACACCUAGCAUUUAUAGACAGAUCAGAAUUCAUCCAAUGAAGACUGCUCUGUUAAGUGUCUUUCCCCAUAUCAAUGGAUUGUGGGAAUUCUUCAUAUUGUUGUUUGAACUAGGCUACAUUUUCCAACAUACAAACUGGUCAUCUCCGGACCACUAUUUCGCUGGUGUACAACUAGUAGCAGACUCUGAAGGAAAUGACGUCUUCUCAAAAGCCGAUUCUAAGAAGACAAAUUUCCAAUUAUUGUUUUGUAGUAAUUUUUUUACAAGUUUCAUGAAUCUUCUGAAAUACCUGUUCAAAAUAACAUCGUUUGGUUUGUCUACUGGGCUAUCUGUUGCAGUAUUUUUCCUUCAAUUUCUGGAUUACUGGUAUAACACACAAAAUAAAAUGAACUCACCUGUUGCUCUGACAGCUCUACCUAUCCCUCCAAAACCUGUGAAGUUGAAAUUACCUGCUGGCUGUUCAUAUUCAACAUGCCCUCUUUGUAAAAAGACAAGAACUAAUGACACCGUGCUAAGUGUCACUGGGUUUGUAUUCUGCUAUCCCUGCAUCUAUGAUUACGUGAGUGAAUACAAAUGCUGUCCUAUAACUAAAUACCCAUCAAAUAUUCAACACCUCGUCAGGAUAUACUCAUCUGAAUGACUUAUCAGCAAAAGCAAUUACUUUACAGAAAAUAGCUGAUAAAUUAAUGAUUCUUAACAUUGG